GAAACGUUUUGCUCGCCAUGGCUACGUCUUCUCGAGCCGUCUUCCACGUCCUCCCGCUCCUCCUCCUCCUCCUCCUCAUUACAUCCACGUCUGCUGCUGCUCGCCGCCCGCCGCCAACCAAGGCGCAGAUCAAGGCGGAGGUGUCGCGGAUGGCAAAGCGGCUGCUGCAGCGCUACCCGCAGUACUCCAAGUUCUCCAAGGACUUCAACAAAUACGUCAACCUCGCCAUGAACUCCAAGUACAACUUCUCAGCACUUGCUGACGCCACCCUUCUCAUUCCCAGCAACACAGCGGCAGAGGCGCUUUCCAAGAGGCUUCCUCUCACGUCCAAGAACAUUCCCAGGGCCUACAACGUCACAGCCUAUCACAUCAUCGCGAAAUGUUUCAUCCUGCCCAAGAUCAAGGCCAUGCGGGCAGGCCAGCCGCUGCCGACUCAGCUGCGACAGGCUCUCUACAAGCUGACCGGCAGGAACGGCAGUGUGGUGAUGUUCGGGACGUACCCUAGCACCAGAGCGAGGGGGAUUGUGACGAGCAGGGUGGUGAUUCCCGGCAUGUACGUUGGGCCAUACUUGAUUGCCCAUGGCGUUGACCGCGUGUUGCUGCCUCGGGGCACGCGUGUGUGA